CAUAUUUCAUCCAUGUGUUAUGUGUAUUUGUCAUUUUCAUAACUUGUAUUUAGAAUGAUCAGAAUACAUAUUAUAAAACAUAUUCGUACCAAAGAAAGACGUAUUCUGAUUGAACAAAAAAAACAUAAUUCAUACGUGUGAUAUGUGUUUGUGUAUUUGUCAUUUCCACAACUUGUAUUCUCCACGUUUCCAGACAAAAAAAAAAACAUAAUGGUGGGCAAUCUCGAUGCAGGUAUCCCUAAGUGGUCUUCAUGCCUUGGUAACUGGAGACAGACCCGUUGCCCUUCGAGCUUGACAUUGGGCUUUCAUCACGACUUAGGAUAGGGUGAGUAAUCUUUGGUUACUAACCUAUGAGUAACUAAAUCUGACCUUUAGAUCCAAGUGGGUCCAGAAAAUCCAGAUCUAAGGGUUGUCAAUUAAAAACAUUUUAUUUUCCCUAGUUUUCAUAAUCGGCUCUUAUCAUUUUCUUCUUAACUCGGAUUUCAAUUUCUUUUGCACACAUGGAACGAGUUCGUUGUGCUCUACAAAAUGAGAUCAAUUUUCAAUAUAUUUCGAGAAACUUUUUUUUUACCAACUACAUACCAUAUGGUUUUUUUUUUUUUUGACGAAAACCUGAUUUCAUUACGAAAUAGGGAAGUGAUACAGAGUUUAGACCAUAGUCAAAGAAAGAUAGAAGCCUGACCCAAACGACAAUGCAAAGCCCAACCAAAUACAGAAGCCCACCGAAAAACUAAAACCAGAAAACACACACAACAACCACAUUCCAACAAACACAAGAACCCAACAGAAACCCAACAACCUUUCCACUCCAAUGAAGCCCACAAAUACAACCCUAGCCCAAAGCAAUCCCAAACCACCAGCCACCUACUUGCUGCCCCAAGUAGCCGCCAACAACCAACCCUGCCUCAAUCUCCCACCACCGCGCCGCCACCAAACGGAAGGAAAAACAAUCCACCACCAACAAAGUCAAUGGGAUCAAAGAGGGGAAAAGAUCCACUCUCUCAACCCCGCCGACACACACCGCCACCGUCGCCCCCAAACCACGCACGUCAACCACACCACCUCAGCCACCGCAAACCACAACCACCACCCGCAAAAGGAGAAGAACAAAGAAAAAAACAACACCCCCAUCACCUGUGACUCACGAACACCACCAAUCCAAGGCCAAACAACAUACAUGAGCAGAGCAGCAAGAGAUCGAAAAGGAGGCAGCAUCCCUACACCCCCACAUGACAGUAGAACCAAGAGGCAUCAAACCAAACCACGGAAUCACUACGCCAUUCUGAGUGAAGCAAGGUGGACAGCUCUAAAAGUCACGAAAGAAGAUGUAAAUUGCAAAGCAAUUCCCUCUGCACACAGAGAACGACCACAAGAUCUGAGACUCAGAUCUGAGGUGUGGAAGAAAACCAUCUCAAGAGAUAGGUUUUUGGCAAAAUCCACUUAGGGGUAGCAGUCUAGAAAUUCAUAAAUCCACAAAGGGAUUGGCAAAGCAUGAAAGAAAAGAAGAUGAAGCAAAGGAAAAACAGAAAUGAAACUGGAUUGGGUGGCCGCCGAUCACCUAAAGGUGAAUCGACGGCCCCCGAUUGGAGAUUGGAAAGGGAAAAGUUUAGAGAGAAGUGGGAGAAAUUGAAAGUUGAGAGAGAGAACCGACAUACCAUAUGGUUACUUCUUCGUUUUUAAGUCGUUUUUGAAAACGUUUGCUGAGAAGGAACGAGUUCAUCAUGAUCUCUUGGAUCUACAAAUUUCUGGGUGAAAAAAAUACUAGACCAAAAAUUACCAUACUUUACCACUAUGGUAUGUGGGUGGUAACUUAUAUCGUGUUUGUUUAACCCCAAAAUAUCUUAUUAAAUCUCAUUAAGUAAAUUCUCUAUUCAUUUUUAUUAAAACUUUAUAAAUUACACUUUGAUGGGGAAAAAAACAGACAUAUUAAUAAUAAUAUUUUUUUCAAUCAAACAAAAUUUAAACGAUGGCCUAAGAGAAAAUACGCGUUUUACAAUCAAUCGAUUAAAAUGAACUAUAUGACUAUAUAUUAUUUGCUAUCAAACACUCACUUCUUCCUAAUGCAUAUACUUAUAAAAUAAAAUAAAUAUAAUUUAUAUAAAAAAUGUUUGGAGAUAAACUUGACAGAGCAAUAAUUGUUAUUUUUUGAAACACUUCUUAUUCAUUUUGAAUAAAUGAAGAUAUAUUAAUUAUGAAUGCAAACUUUUAAUUUAUCUACACCAUUUUCCCAUUUUGAUUGCCUCUCUAGAAAUAAAAUCCAAAAUUGAAAAUAAGAAAUUAGAUAGAGAAGGAAAUGGUAAUGCAAAAUUUUGAGCAGUUGUAACAUAUUUUUGUCUGUUGAUGAAAGCAGUUCAUCCUAUCAUUGCGAAAAUAAGGUGAACCAAACCGAGGAUUGUCGACUGCUCCCUCUUUCUCCUUGAUCUAAAACUGGCAACUGCUCACUCUUCUUUACAUUAUUUUCUUAAUUUCUUCCAAAUUAAAAAUGCUGGAUGGUAAAUUUCCCCACUCAAUGAGAGAUUUGUUUUAUGCUCUCUAUUACUUCAUAUACUUUUAUGUAAAUAGAUAAUAUGUAAUUAGAAGGGAUAAUUGGUUGGACUUAGGGCAUAUCUCCUUUGGUUGAAUAAUUGAUCGUUUUCCUUAAAUCCCGAUGCGGGUAUCCCUAAGUGGUCUUCAUGCCUUGGUAACUGGAGACAGACCCGUUGCCCUUCGAGCUUGACAUUGGGCUUUCGUCACGACUUAGGAUAGGGUGAGUAAUCAUUGGUUACUAACCUAUGAGUAACUAAAUCUGACCUUUAGAUCUAAGUGAGUCCAAAAAAUCCAGAUCUAAGGGUUGUCAAUUAAAAACAUUUUAUUUUCCCUAGUUUUCAUAAUCGGCUCUUAUCUUCUUCGUUUUGAACUCGGAUUUCAAUUUUUUUUGCACACAUGGAAUGAGUUCGUUGUGCUCUACAAAAUGAUAUCAAUUUUCAAUAUAUUUCGAGAAACUUUUUUUUUACCAACUACAUACCAUAUGGUAACUUCUUCGUUUUUAAGUCGUUUUUUAAAACGUUUGCUGAGAAGGAACGAGUUCAUCAUGAUCUAUUGGAUCUACAAAUUUCUGGGUGAAAAAAAUACUAGACAAAAAAUUAGCAUAUUUUACCACUAUGGUAUGUAGGUGGUAACUUAUGGUAAACAAUGAUGAAAGUCGUAAAUGACAGUUAGUAUACUCCUACUAUCAUGUAUUCAACCUUCUUACCAUAUUGGUAUGUUCGUACCAUCAUGGUACGCUUUCUUACCAUAUGGUAUUAAAUAUGAGCAUACCGUGUGGUAAUGACUGGUAAAAAAUUAUUCAAUUUUUUUGUACUAAAAAUAUAUCAAAGUGGAUAUAAUUUUAAAGAGCACAUUUAACCUGAUUUAUCUGUGCAAAAAAAUUUAAAUUUCGAC